CCAAGGUUGAGGAAAAUACAAAGCAAGGCUAAACUGGUGGGAUACUCAUCAAAACCCAGUUGUCUGUAGCCGCACUCUUGGCUGACAGUCAACGUCUGCCAGGAUGGAGAAAUUUACUCUAUUUUUUCUGCUCAUGGUUUUAUGCAGGACACAUGGAGAGAAGUGUGAAGGAAAGUGUGGUCAACAGCUGGACUCGUGUUCGUGCCACCCAACAUGUGGCUCCCUGAAGAGCUGCUGCUCCGACUAUAAAGAGUUCUGCAUUGAUGUGGCUCCACAGUCCGGCUCCAUCAUGGGCGGCACAGACUUUUAUGUCCUCGAAGCAAAUUUCAACCAGACUUCUCAGAUUGUUUGCAGGUUUAACAAUGAAACGGACACCGAGGGCUAUGUGGACGACAGCGGCAGGGCCCACUGUAUCUCCCCUUUACUGUAUCAAACAGGGUGGAUUCCUUUGCUCAUCUCCUCAGAUAAUGGCACCACCUUCAGUAGAACUGGAGCUUGGCUUUCAGUUCAUACGGGCAAAUUAAGCUCUGAGUUUAAAGCUCUUCUGGUCAACUCAACAAAGUGGCAGUAUUAUGGCACGCCUGGUGUUGGAGGCUAUCUUCAGAUGACAUGGAAUACUACUUUGGUCAACGCAGAUAAGGUCAACAUAGAGGUCUGGGGAUACAGAGAGACAGGAGAGCCUUAUUCAGACGUCUGGCAGGGGGAGAUGGAGUAUCUGUACUCGCUUGCAAAAGAUCAUCCAAACAACGGGUCCUUCAGCUUUUUGCCCAAAAUAGCAGAAAACGGGUUUGCAAGCUGGGAGCUCGGUUCUCUGCGAGUCAGCUCCAGCAGCUAUCCAGAUGGCAUCCGGAACGUCCAAGCUGCAUGGACUGAGGAUCACGCUCUGGCCUGGCACCUGGAGCAGAAAUUCAAGGACAACUCAACUGCCUGGGCUCUGGAGAAAUGCUUAGCGUGGGACCAGCUUGAAAACCGGCUGCCCAAUUUCCUGAAUGAGAUCAUCGACUGCCCCUGCACUCUGGCCCAGGCCAGAGCGGACACGGGGAGGUUUCAUACUGAUUAUGGCUGUGACAUCGAGAAAGGGAGUGUGUGCACGUACCACCCCGGGAGUGUUCACUGUGUGAGGGCGAUACAAGCUAGUCCUCAGUAUGCAGCAGGACAACAGUGCUGUUACGACAAAACUGGAGCUCAGGUUCUGACAGCUGACUCUAUUGGGGGGAGCACACCGGACCGAGCCCACGACUGGGGGUCGCCUCCCUUUAGGAAACCACCUCGGAUCCCUGGCCUCUCCCACUGGGUCUACGAUGUCCUCAGCUUCUACUACUGCUGCCUCUGGUCCGAUAACUGCCACUACUAUUUCAAGCAUCGACCCUCCAGCGACUGCAGACGGUACCAGACACCCAACUCGGCUGUGGUGUUCGGGGAUCCUCACUUCAUAACGUUUGAUGGCGUCCGCUACUCCUUCAACGGCAAAGGGGAGUACACUUUGGUGACCUCGGCAGACAAACAGCUAACAAUCCAGGGCAGGACAGAACCUGUAGAUGGAAGUGCAAUAAAAGCAACAAAAAUGUCAGCUGUAGCCAUGAGAGAAGCCUCCUCUGAUAUUAUUGAAGUACGGUUAGCCAGCGGACAAAACCGUCUGGAAGUUCUGCACAAUCAAAAGUCGCUUUCUUUUGCUGAGCAAACCUGGAUGGAUCUACAAGGAGUGUUUGUGUUUUCUCCAACCCCUUCAAAUGUGACGGUGAUGUUUCCGUCUGGAGCUGGGGUGGAAGUGCGACAGAGAGGGGAAACGCUGACGACAACUGUCCUCUUGCCAGAGGAGUUUAAGGACUCCACGCAGGGGCUGCUGGGAAAGAUGAACGGAGACGCCAAAGAUGACCUGGCCCUCAGCAACGGUCAGCUCGUGAAGAACCAAAGCGACCCCGAGGAGCUGUUUGACUUUGGGGCGAGCUGGGCGGUUCCCAAUGCAUCUGCUUUGUUCACAUAUGACUCGGAUUAUCUUCGGGAAACAUAUUACUUUGUCCCAAGACAUGAUCCCACUUUCAUUCCCGCCUUUUCCAUUCCUGAGAAUCCAGAGGAUCCACUGAGUGAUCAGGCAGCUGAGAUCUGCUCUGGAGAAAGCUCUCCGUUCUGCAGGUAUGACAUCCUGGUAGGUCGAAGUCCAAGCAUGGGAAAUGAAACCAGAAGGUCUUUCCAGAGUCACAUAACUCUUGUUGAGGAUUUAAAACCAGUAAUAACUUGUGGAUGGCUUCCACCUCCAAUUGAUGGGAAAAAGCUCGGGACCACCUACCUACAGGGAGCCAGCGUGCAGUUUUCCUGCAACGACGGCUACACGCUGAAAGGAUCAGCAGAAAGAGUCUGCCAGGAAAACGCUCAGUGGUCUGGAGAGGAAGCCAGCUGCGUUGUUCCGAGUAAACUCCCAGGAAUUUUGGCUGGUUCAAUUGUUGGAGCUGCAACACUGAUUUUGAUCGUAACAAUUAUUGUGCUCCAAUUCAGAAAACAAAAAAGGAAACCAUCCAAAUCAGAGGACUCGAGCAUCACUGAAGGCUUGUAGAAGAACCCUGCUUGUAUUUUUUUUUUGUUAUUUAUCGUUAAACUGUAAAUGUCCAAUUAAUGGGACAUUUCAACUUUAGUAAUUUUUUUUAAAAAAUACAAAUACUUCGUAUGUACUCAAAAUAGUUUAAAUAACCGUACAAAAGAUAACAAAUAUAAUUAUCUGUUCAUCAUGUUGUGAUAGGGGUUGUUUUUGCCUGAUGACCAUAUAGUUUACCCUCUUAUCCCUGACAUGCACUUUUUAUGACUGUGGAUGGCAAACCACAGAGAAGCUAAAGUUCCUUAAAGCUGCAGACACUCCACUUCUGUUUUUGUCACAGCCCAAAUGUUUUGAAUAAGGUCAUUAUUUCUGUACACUCCAAAAAACGUGUACAUUUAUUGAAUAAAGUGUCUCCUUUUGCAUGUUGAGAAUUAAUCUUGUAUGCGUGACAGCUUUUCUGUGUCCCUGUUUGCGAGGUUUCCUCACUAUUAACAUGUUAUCAACAGCUGAUAAGUGACAGAUGCAAGGAGUGGCAAAUGACCCUCUGCAGGGAGCAGCUGUAAACGUGUCUGUACUGCUGAGAGCAAAUAUUUGAUAAAGAAAACUACUUUUUGCUGUAAUAAAAACAACUUUUUUUAUUGAAAAAGGAUUAGUACUCAAAAAGAAGUCAUUUUAUUUCAGUUCAACUAUCAAGUGUAACUGCAAAGCUUGAAGGAAGUUAUUAUAAAUGGUGGUUGAAGGCCUGAAUGCAGGAGAUUGACAUAUGGAAGAAUGGAAACCAGAUUAUUGAUGCUAAUUAACCAAAUAAUAAACAGCUGUGAGUGAUUAAUAACUUAAACCUGCUGUGAUUUUGAACUUUAGGACAAAACCAAAAUACAUGGCAGGAGUUUAUCUAUAAAACCCAACAAAAAAUAAACAAAAGACACACAAAAACUCACAAGAGGUGGAAUUAAAAAAUAAUAAUAA